GUGGCAUUAUUCAAUAUGGCGGCGGGAAAUAAGCUAACUUGCUACAGUUAUUUUGUCGAUUUUGUCUGUAUUCGUGAUUUUUCCAAGCUAAUGUAGUAUGAAAUCCUUAUCACAGAACAAAUCCAGAAAAGAUGUAAAAUAUGAUAGCUCUGCAAGCACAGCUAUGACAGCAGUGGCUCUACAGGAUCAUCUUGUCAGGUCAUUGAGUCUUCAAGACACUCUUCCUAAAAAGAAGAUUAAUCAUAAAUUACCAGUUUCUCCCCUGAAACACAAGAAUAAAUCUUCCCAGAAAAGAACAGAAUGUCAACAGAAGAAAAAAGUCAACAAAGAAGAGAAAGAAUAUGUACUUGACCCUAAGCUCCCACCUCUGACUCUAGCUCAGAAACUUGGAUUAGUUGAAGCUCCAGAGCAAGGUUUAUCAGACAAGGAAUGGCAAGCUGUGAAGAGCCAGUCUAUUGCAAGACAUGAUUCUCAACGACCAUGUGUCAUCUGUAAAGAAGAUUUUGGUAUUCAGCAGCAGGUAUUAUUGUCUUGUAGUCAUGUCUUCCAUAGGACUUGCUUGGAGGCAUUUGAAAAGUUCUCAGGACGAAAAACCUGUCCAAUGUGUAGAAAGGAGCAAUAUCAGAAAAGAGUCAUCCAUGAAGGAGCCAAAGAAUAUCGGAUCAAAUGUGCAAUAAAAAUUCAAGCUGCCUGGAGGGGCUAUGUAGUAUACUCCUGGUAUACAAACCUGAGACAGACUAUUCCACCUAAUGACCCUGGCUUGAGAAAAAGAUUUUAUGAAGAUAAGCUACAGAGUAUUACUGAUCGCCUUUUGUGUUCAACUGAAGCCAGCAGUCAAAGCGUUGACCGUCUAAUGAGUGAAAUAGAUGAAUCCAUUGCAUCUAGUAGAAAUAUAAUGAGCCAAGUUGGUAAACAGCAUUUCCAAUGCAUCACUGAAGGUGAAUGGGAGCAAAUUCAACUUAAGGCUGUGGAGCGUUGUACAAUGGACUGUCCUAUCUGCAUAAUGCCACUAUCUCAACAAGGUUUGUACAAAGAUGGUGCAUCAAAACGACCAACUGUACUACUAUCUUGUUCUCAUGUCUUUCACGUCACUUGUAUCAUGGCGUUUGAGGAGUUCGCUGUCAAUGAGCAACAUAUUUGUCCAGUUUGCAGAUCAACKUAUUCCAAAAAGACUUUAUGAACUUGAAAAUCGUGUUAAAAAUCAUUGUAUAGAGCUCCUMCGAUCUUGUUUCGUGUCAAUAAACGUAUAACCGCAGUUCUCUGUCACGUGUGCGAAAGAUAACGGAGAAAUAACAUAYCAGAAUAUUUUUAUAAAAUGUAAAAAUGCUAUCUCAAAAGUAGUAAGUUGAAUAUCAAUGAUAUUAGUGUAAAAAUAAUGAUAGUUUAGCUUGGUUACGUUAGUSGUUAAGCGUUUAUUUGGAGGACUUCAAAACAAUCAAUACAGUACCAUCAUGUCAU